AUGGAGCCGCUUCAGAAAGCACAAGAACGCUUGUCACUCCAUGAGCUUAUCCGCGUUGGCGUGGGCAGGCAAGAGGAUCUGCGCCUACUGCAAAAUGUCGCCAUGCAAUCCGCUUGUUUACCCGCGACCUCCGUGGCGCAACUGCUGCGGGAGGCAGCUCUACGGGAGGAGUGGCGGUCGGGCCGGGAGGCGGCCCUCCUGGACUCCCUGCGCUCCCAGUCCCUUGGCGGUGUGCUGGGGCUGGGCCUGGGUCCAGGGGGCUGCCUCAGUGCCGCGGACGGGCGCCUGCUGUCGGAGCAGCUUGCGGCCCUCACAGAGAUGGUGGAGCAGCACCAGCAGCGCAGGCGGACCCGGGCUGCGGCAGCAUCCGCGGCGGCACCAGGAGCAGCAGUGCAGCGGGCAGCGGCGGCCGUGUACCGCGGCUCCCCAACCUCGCGCAAGAGCCCCGGUGCGACCUCCCACCCGGGACCCCGCGGACCGCACCCGGCAGCUCCCGCCGCCCCCAGUAGUACCGGUAGCAGUACCGCCGCUGUCACCGCCAGCGCUCCCUCCCCGGUGCGGCCCCAUACCUCCUCUCACCCCUACCUCACACCUCUGGGCCCCAAGCAGCCACCGGCACCUCAGUCCCCGUUGUCAACACCGCCAGUGCAGCAGCAGCAGCCGCAGCCGCUGACUGGCCAACUCGCAGAGGGGCUGGGUCGGCGGCUUUCCCGCCCGGCCUCCACACCCUCAGCAGCUAGCCGCAGCAGCACCGGACUGGUGCGGACGGUCUCCGCGGGGUCGGAUGUCGCGGACAGGAGGGACAGCGACAGCAGCGGCACCAGCGGGUACGACGUAGGCCACCACUCACCGGCGGCCCCGGCGCAGCGACAGCGGCGGCUGGGCACAUCUGUGGGCGCUCCGGGAUCCGCUGCUUCCGUGGCUGCGGCAGCAGCCAUCUAUGGGGCCGGCACCGCGGCCACCGCUGGCGGUACGGGAGUGGUGGGCUCACCCGCGCGGGGGCUGCGGAGCAGCGGACGCGGCGGUGGACGGCAACAGCAGCCAAGUGGUGGUGGCGGCGGUGGUGGUCCGUCUUCUCCUUUCCAGGCGGUGAAAUCGACCCAUGGGUCACCACUCAGUCAGGGAAGGCUCAGGCCGUGUAGCGCACCGGACGGGCUCCCGGGGCCGAGUGCCUGGGACGCCACGCGGACAGCGGCAGUAGCAGCAGCGGGACCAGUGGACACCUCGGUGGCCAUGAUGUCGGCGGCAGCUGCGACGGCUGCUGCAGCCGCGGCUGCCGUCAACUCCCCCCCUGGAGGAGGUGGUGGGGCGGUCGGGGCCAGCCACGCCGCGGAGCGCAACAGUGGAUUCCGCAACCUGUUGCGGCUGCAGCAGCUGUUGGUGCAGGGCCUUCGUGAGCACGCCCAAGCCGAGGGCGAGGGUGGUGCGCUGGAGGCGCUGGUCGCCAGUGUGACGGAGGGACAGCACUUCUUUGCGGAGUGCCUGCUGGAGGCGUUGGAGGCCGCGGGGCUGCCACCGGAUGCAGUGGGGGGGGGGGCCUGGGACAAGAUGCUGCGGUUGGGUCAGCUGGGCCUUACGCGGUCGGACGUGAACCGGCUGGAGGAGAUCAGGCGGCAGCGGGCGGCCCGGGUCAUUCAGCGGCAGGUGCGCAAGUGGUUGCGGAGGCGGCGGCACCAGCGGCGGCUGGCGGAGGCCCGGGCCAGGGCAGAUGCCAUGCAGCGGAAGCUUAGGGAGGUGGCUGCCCGGGUGAUUCAGUCCUGGGUUCGGGGCCACCUCGCUCGCCGCCUGGUGGCCCGCCUGGCUGCGGAGGCAGCUCGGGAGGGGGCCGAGCGGCGGCGGCUGGCGGCGAGGGCCUGGCGGGCGCACCGCCGGGCGUUGAGGUACGCGGAGGUGCUGGCCAGGGCGGAGGAGAAGCGGAGGAGGAGGCUACAGCUGCCCGAGCAGGAGCAGCAGCAGCAGCAGCAAGGGGGAGCGGUGGUGACGGUGGCGGUGGCGGGAGGGCAGGCGGGUGGCCGUACGGGUUGCGGCCGCGUCCUGAUGACCGCCGAGCAAGCUGUGGUUGUGAUCCAGUCCCACCUGCGUGGCUGGCUGGUCCGCCGCAGCUCCGACCUGUGGUGGGCCCGAGCCAGUCUGCGGCUGAGGGAGCGGCGGGCGGGGGCGAGGGCGUGGAGGCAGCACCAGCGCUUCAUGGAGGCCAGCCACGACAUGCAGGCGCAGCUUCUAGGUUCCCUGGUUCGUGAGGCCCAGCUGGCCGCGGCGCUGGAGGCGGACCGGCGGCGCCAGGACGGGGAGAUGAGGGCCGCCUUCAACGAGUGGCUGCUGCAGCAGCAGCGGGUGGCGCUGUCGCAGCCGCUGCCACGGGGCUGGGUGCCCCACCCGCACCCCAGCGAGCCGGGUCGCAUGUGCUUCCUGAACACGCGAACCGGUGAGCUCCACGGCCUGCACCCCGCCGUGGCGGAGCUGGCUCGCCACGCCCGGGAGCAGCACGCCGCCGCAGUGGCCGCCCUGCAGCUGAGGUUCUCCGGCGUACCCGCCUACCUGGAGCAGGUGCACCAGGCCACAGCGGCUCAGGCGACCAUCGCAAUGAGGGCCAUUGCAGUGGUGUACCAGAGCGCGGUGGCACAGGCGGGGGGCCUGCGGCCGCGGCCCUAA